AUGUCACCCGCAUCAACCCAUACAUCCUGGGGUUUGUUACGAUCUCGGCAGCCUCUACGAGUUGUGCCACAACCACGUAUCGACGCGUAUGCACGUGCCGCUAAGCUGGACCCGAACAACGCCAGUAUCGCGGGCCGUCUCCAGGUUCUCGAGCACUCGCAGGCGACAGGCGCUCAGGUCUCGGCGGCGACUGCACCACAAGACGUACACCCGAUCUUCUAUGCCAACCCUGCCGCGCCAGCGCCUGGUGCUCUGGGUGCCCUGCUCCCUAUGCACACUGGUGGUUCCCGCCCGCCUUCCCGUACCGACUCUUAUGGGCCAGCGGGUGAUAUGCCUCCGUCAAGUGCUGGUCCUGGAGGUUGUAGCCCGCCGCCACCAUUCCGUGGUGGUCCUCCACCGUCCGUAAAAAUCGACGAUGCGCGUCAGAAGAUGCAAAGGCACCUGCAUCUCGCUUCCAUGGAGACUGACGCGCCCCAACAACUGCUCUCGGCUACGCGUGAGCAAGGCUAUGCGCCUACGUCAUCGGUCGCUCGUGGCAUGUCGACCUUGUUGCGCCUUGACGAACGCUGUGGUGGACGGCUGUGA